AUGAGUUUGCAACAUAAUAUCCCCAGAGAAGACGCAGAGCAGGAGAAAGAAGAGGAGGAAAUGGCAGCUUCUCAGGGACGGCUGAGGUUCCAGGAUGUGGCCAUAGAUUUCACUCUAGAGGAGUGGGAAUGCCUGGACCUCAGUCAACUGGAAUUGUACAGGGACGUGAUGUUAGAGAACUACAGGAACCUGGCCUCCUUGGGUCUCGUAGUCUCUAAGCCAGACAUGGUCACCUUUCUGGAGAAAAUGAAGGAUCCUCGGGAUGUAAGGAGAAUGGAGACAACAGCAAUACACCCAGAUUUGGCGUCCUUUCGCCCAGCUGUGAGCCGAUUGUCCUUGAUUUCCUCAGUUUUGCAAGGCAUGGCGGCCGUGCGUGGUGGUUGCACGGGGAACAGCUGGAGAGAAUCACGUGGAGCACCCUGGAAAGUUUCUGAUCCGUCUUCAGAUCUUACUCGACAGCAGAGGAUUCAGAAUCCACAGAAAGAUAACAAGUGUAAUAUAUGUGGGAAAGUCUUUACUAACUCAUCCAAUCUAACUAGACACAGGAAAAUCCAUUCAGGAAGGAAACCUUUUAAAUGUACAGUAUGUGGCAAAGGCUUUUUUUGUGGCACUGAUCUUACACAACAUCAGCGAAUCCAUACUGGCCAGAAACCUUAUAAAUGUAAGGUAUGUGGCAAAGCCUUUAACUGUAGCUCAAGUCUCACUCGACAUCAGCGAGUUCAUACUGAAGAGAAGCCUUAUAAAUGUACAAAGUGUGGCAAAGCCUUUAAACAGAACUCAAGUCUUAAUCAUCACCAGCGACUUCAUACUGGGAAAGAAAAGCCUUAUAAAUGUAAAGAUUGUGGCAAAGGAUUUAUCAAAAUUACGAGCCUUACUCCACAUCGCCGAAUCCAUACUGGAGAGAAACCUUAUAAAUGUAAGGAAUGUGGCAAAGCCUUUACCCAAAAUUCAAGCCUUACUCAACAUCAGCGAAUUCAUACUGGAAAGAAACCUUAUACAUGUAAAGAAUGUGGCAAAGCCUUUCGUCAGAGCUCAAGUUUUCAUAAACAUCAGAGAAUUCAUACUGAAAAGAAACCUUACAAAUGA